AAGAAACCGAAGAAGACAGCUUUACCAUACCAAACAUUUCUCAUUUUCUCUCUAUCUUUAUCUCUCUCACUCUCUCUCUCUCUCUCUCUCUCAGUCGACUGCGUUUUGUUUGGGUUUAUAUCCUUCUUUGGUUUUGUGGGAAUAAAAUGAAGGUUUCUGAUUUCUAUCGACCAGAAUUAAAAAGUCACGUCGUUCCGUGCAAAGGAUGAGGCGUUCAAUAGUAUAUAGCUCAACAACAACAACAUCAACAACAUCAUCAGCAUCAGCAACAGCAUUAGACACGUCUCAAGGACGCCAAACAGUGCCGCUGCCUCAUUUGCCGCCCCUCAAAAGCCUGAGCCUAAUACGGCUAUUUGCUGUUAUCUCCAUAAUUGGAUCACAAUUUGCUUGUGUCUUGUGCGGACCAACAUCAAUUGGUAUAACCACAUCGACAGCAGCUUCAAGUGUACAACCGAAUAACGGCAACAGCACUGAGAAUAAUAAUUUAUAUUUUGAUGACCAAAAUACAACUAAAACGAUUUCAUCGGCAUCCACUGCGAAGCCAACCCUUCACGCAUCCCAUAACCAUCAGAUGCCAGCAGAAACAACGAUACCCUCCGUCGACAGCAGGAGCAAUGAGAUUAGCUAUAGCCCGAGUACGCCAAUCAAAAAUUUAAUUACCAGCCCAACUGGGCUAUCAACAACAGCAAAAAUAACAACAUCAGCAACAUCAUCAACGGCAGCAUCGGCGGCGGCAACGCCCAAAAGUGUUUGGAGCACCAACAAGCAACCCAUCGAUUCUACACGCACCAGAAACCAUUGGACAACCGUUGGGGGUUCCUCCACCCAUGAUACGGAACGUCCGCGAACAUUUCGCAGCAAACACCAUCAUGAGCAUCACUGGGGUCCAUUUUUUGAGGAGCCCCUCAAUACGGCGUCAUCAUCAUCAUCCUUAUCCUCGUCAUCAUCAUCAUCGUCAUCAUCGACAUUGUCGGGCGGUGAGAAUCUAGUGGCCGCUGUCCAUCUAUUCACCGAAGCAGUUCUCAAUUGUCGUGUCGGCAUGCUGAAAGACAAGACGGUUAUGUGGGUUCGACGCACCACAGAGAAAGUAUCCCUGCUUACGGUGGGCAAUGUCACAUAUAGUGGCGAUCCGCGUAUUCGGGUCAAAUUUCAAUAUCCAAACAAUUGGCGUCUAUUGAUCAAUCCAACACAUCGUGAAGAUGCUGGCAUCUAUAUGUGUCAGGUUUCUACGCAUCCGCCGAGAGUAUUUACUACAAAUCUCACCAUAUUAGAGCCACCACUGCGUAUUAUUGAUGAGCAUGAACGAGAUGUUGGCGAUCGUUAUUAUAAAUCGGGUAGUACAGUUGAUCUUCAGUGUCAAAUAUCAAGGAAUUUUUUUCAAAAAGAAAGCUACAAUAUACUUAAAUCAUCGGCCAUUAAUGACACAAUGAUGGCCUAUAUUAAAACUGAACUUAAUAACAUUGGCAAUCGAGAUCAAACUCAACAAAAGGUGUCUAGUCAAGAGUUUGAAAAGCACUUGGAUAAUUUUAUAACAUGGGCCAAGGAUGAGGAACCACUGCAAGCGCUGACCAAUAAACGAUAUACCAUGUCUGAUAAAUGGUUGACUUGUCGAAUUUCAAUACAAGAGGCUAAACUAUCCGAUAGUGGAAACUAUUCAUGUUCCCUUGGGCGAUUAUUCACGGUGAUUGUUCAAGUACAAGUUUUAACAGGGGAAUUACCUGCUGCUGUUCAACACAAUUUGGCAUCUAGAUCCGUAAUCAAUGUAUUCCUUAUGCCUUGGUGUCUCUUUCUGAUGAUUGUAGUUUUUAAUUUUCAUCGAUUUCUUCAUUCAAAGUUCGUAAAUGUUUGAGAUCAGGAAUUGAAAUUGGACUCAACCAUAUAUACACAUGCAUACAUACAUACAUAUACAUACAUACAUAUAUAAAACAAAAUCUUUCAGAUAAAUUUCCUAAGAUCGACUUGUCCAACAAAAUAAAAUUAAGUACUCAUAUAUAAUUA